AGAACUAGGAGUCGAUGCGGGUCCCGGGGAUCCCAGUGAGGGGAGAGGCCGCGAUGCAGUGAGAGGAUCCGGGGCAGGAACAUGGGGCCGAUUGUGCUCUCUGCGUUCAUCCUGCUGGUCGUGGUGAGCACCAGAGCAGCUAUCCUAUUUACUAAAGAGCCAUACUCCCAGGAUGCAUUGCAUGGUAGGAGUGCUAUACUGCGCUGUGAAGUUGAGGAGCCUGUUGAAGUGCAGUUUGAGUGGCUGCAGAAUGGAGUGCCAGUACGAGACACAGAGAGGCGCUACCAGGAGGGCGGGAGUCUGACGUUCACGGCUGUGGACAGAAAACAAGAUGGUGGAACCUUCCAGUGUGUUGCCCGUAACCCAAACACAGGGGAAGAGGGGAGGAGCAACAUCGCAUACUUCAACAUUAAGUGGAUAGAGAGCGGCGGUGUUACCCUACAGUAUCCGGGCAGUGCCAGUGACAUCCAGAGUUCCUCUCGGGUUAUACUGAGAUGCCACAUAGAUGGGCACCCACGUCCAAUCUGUCUCUGGUUCAGAGAUGGGACGCCGUUAGCAGAUGAUGGACAGGCCAUCUCUCUGAGUAACAGGGAGCGAACGCUGACUCUGCACAGCGCUGGGCCUGAUGAUAGUGGGGAGUAUUACUGCUGCGCCUACAAUGCAGCAGGGUCUGUCUGCAGCAAUCGCAACUUCACCCUGAGUAUCAUAGAUGAGAGCUUCCCACAGGCUGUUGUGAUUCCAGAGGAUCAGGUGGUGAAUAAGAACGAGGAUGCAAUGUUCCACUGUCUAUUCAGCGCCACACCACCCCCUAGCCAGGAAUGGUUCUUUGAAGAUCAGGUUCCUCUUAGCAACAAGAGCCGCAUCACUGUGUUCCAGAAUGGUUCCCUGCUCAUCAGCUCGGUAAGGCCGCGUAGCAGUGGGGUCUAUAGCUGUGUGGGCACGGGGUAUCGUGGCCAGAAAGCUGUUCUUAAGGCCUCUUUGCGCCUGGCAGAUAUAGAUAAAAUGCGUCCCCUUCCCCCACGAGUUUUAACAGCAGACAUGGUUCAGCGCAUUACCUGUGACGGCCCACAAGGAAUUCCCCCACCUACCGUCUGGUGGGAGAGAGAUGGAACGCGAGUCCCUGCCGAGGGCAGAGUUUAUCAAGAUGGCAUGGAGUUGGUAUUCAAACCCAUUACAGAGGGAGAUUCGGGCUCGUACAUAUGCCAUGCUGCCAACAAGGCUGGUGAACGCAGACAAGAACUGCAGAUCACUGUGGCAACGGUUCCAGAGUGGCUGGAGAGACCAACAGACAGUUUAAUGGAAGAGGGCAAACCUGGAUUUCUACAUUGUCAGAGCAAAGCGUCUCUUGAACCCAACAUAACCUGGUACCGGAAUGGCAACCCCGUCAGCAAGGACUCUCGCUUUGAGGUCUUCCCUAAUGGAACGUUAAAGAUCUUGCAUGUGGAGGUGUAUGAUGGGACAGUGUACAGAUGUGUGAGCAGCACCCCUGCUGGCUAUAUUGAUGCCCAGGCCCGAGUGCACGUGCAGGAGAAUCUAAAGUUCACUCCAAUCCCCCGUCCACAUCAGUGCAUGGAACUGGAUAAGGAAAUGACAGUGCACUGUUCUGCUACAGGGCGCGAGAAGCCCAACAUACAGUGGAUUAAAGGAGAUGGAAGUGACCUACCUGGGCACGUGGAGUCUAAGGCGGGCCUUCUGCACUUCCAGCCUGUGACCCGGAGGGAUGCUGGGAACUACACAUGUAUUGCCUCUAACAGCCUGCAGGGGGAGAUACAAGCAGCUGUUCACCUGACUGUGGCAGUCCUGGUCAGCUUCAAGAUAGAACCAGAGAAUACAACUGUGUAUCAGGGCCACACAGCGGUACUGCACUGCCAAGCAGAAGGCGACCCUACCCCCAAUAUCCAGUGGCAAAGCAGAGAUGUCAUGGUGGCUGCCAAGCAUUACCCACGAAUACAGGUUAUGCCGAAUGGCUCACUAGUCAUCUACCGUGUGACCAAUGAGGAUGCUGGGAAAUAUGCGUGCAUUGCGGGAAAUGCCUGUGACAUCAAGCACCGAGAUACUUUUCUUUAUGUUGUGGACAAGCCACCGGGUGGAGCGAACGAGCCGGAUUCCCCAUACAAACUCAUCCAGACCAUUGUUCUCUCUGUGGUUGCUGCGGUCACUUACAUUAUCAUCGUCUUGGGGCUCAUGUUGUACUGCAAGAAGCGCAGAAAGGCUAGGAGGCAUGGCAAGCAUGAAGGAGAUGAGCCAGAGAUGGAGUGCCUCAAUGGUGAUGCAUUGCUGCAGAAUGGCCAGACCACAGCUGAGAUCCCUGAGGAGGUUCCACUCACCACACUGAGCAACAAGAGACACAGCUCUGGCGACAAGAUCAGUUUCCCUCGUGCCAACCUGCACCCUAUCACCACCCUUGGUCGGGGUGAGUUUGGGGAGGUGUUCCUCGCUAAGGCUCCCAAUCCUGAUUCCACUUCAGGGGAGGCGGUGGUUCUGGUGAAGGCACUUCAGACCCGGGACGAACAGCUUCAGAUGGAUUUCAGGCGGGAAUUAGACAUGUUCUCCAAAUUGAACCACGCUAAUGUGGUGCGCCUGGUGGGGCAGUGCCGGGAGGCAGAACCACACUACAUGGUUCUGGAAUAUAUUGACCUGGGGGAUCUGAAGCAGUUCCUACGGAUUUCCAGGAGCCGAGAAGAGAAGCCGAAGCCCUUAAGCUCCAAACAUAAGGUAUCUCUCUGCACUCAGGUGGCACUGGGCAUGGAGCAUCUGUCUAACAGUCGCUUUGUGCACAAGGACCUCGCAGCCCGAAACUGCCUGGUGAGCGCCCAGCGGUUGGUGAAGGUCUCUGCCCUUGGCUUGAGCAAGGAUGUGUACAGCAGCGAGUACCACCCCCUACGACAGACCAAGGUGCCCCUACGCUGGAUGUCCCCUGAGGCGGUGCAGGAUGACGACUUCUCCACCAAAUCCGAUGUCUGGUCUUUUGGGGUGCUAAUGUGGGAGGUCUUCACCCUGGGGGAGCUGCCUUAUACCUCCCUGCCUGAUGAGAAGGUGCUAGCUGGGCUACAGAAUGGCUCCCUGAAGCUUCCGGCCCCAGAGGGAUGUUCCUCAAGGGUCUACAGACUCAUGCAGCGCUGCUGGGCCCCCAGCCCCAAGGACCGACCCUCCUUUAGUGAAAUAGUAAACGCACUGGGGGAUUUAUCUUCUGGCAGCAAGACACAAGGGUGAGCUUGGGGUGCUCAGUGGUACCAAAUAAGCACAGUGUUUGCCUCAGGAGACGGUUACACAUAAUGACAGAUGGACAUUUGGCCACACAGACCUGUGCCCAAUCCCUAUAUGCUGAGAUAUAAAUGGACAUAAUCCCGGCAGCAAAUCAGAGGCUGAUAAUCAGGUGGAUUGAUAUGAACUUCUGGUGACUCUUCUCCAUUCCUUCCUAUUCCGGAACACACUAAAAGCACAAGCAGAAACUCCGCCACAUGACAGCAUGCUUGCCCGCACCCCCUGUUUUGUCUGUAUGUACAUAGAGAAGAAUCAGGUCAUUAACACUAAUUGUAUGUCUCAUGCACCCCCAUAUUUAUUCAGUCUCAUCGUGCUACUUUAUGGGUACAAGGGAGUACAGCCCUGGCGAGGGAGGAGGGUGCACUCACAAGCAUUAUGUGAAUCCACUCAUAGCCAGAAACUUAUUAUUUUCAUAUUAUUUUCCCCUCUUCUCCCAGUAUCAUUGAUCACUAUAUUGCUGUAAGGGCCUGCACAAUGGGACCUUUAUUCCUGGCACAAGAAGGGCAGAUUGGUCCAUGGGGGGCUUUAGCCUUGGAAGGAUAUGGGUCAAUAGGGGCCUUGAUCCUUGGCAGCAGAUGGGUCCAUGGGAGACCUUUCUCCCUGACAAAAGAUUGGCAGAUUAUACAGUUCAAGGUUGCACAGUUAUCCGUACCUGGAUCAAUCUACCAGCACGGUAGAUGCUAUAUUUCCAGUCAUUUAAAGAGUUAACUCCUUUCUUGCACUGUAGAGGACAAAAUUCAGGAGAUUCAGCACUUUCAAUGUGGCAGCAUGGGGCACUUCGUUCUUUUUAACUGUUAUUUCUAUUUGCCCCAAGUUUCAGAGUAGGGAUGUACUAUUUGUUCUCCUUCUUGACCCUCCAUCUUUCUGCUCCCUGUCCCUCCAUCCUUCUGUCUUUCUCCUCUCAGGCCCUGAGUCCUACUUUCUUUCUCCUCCAAGGCACUCUGUCCUUCUGUCUCUCUCCUUUCAGGCUCUUUGUCUUCUUUUUCCUCUCAGACUCUGUCUUUCUCCUCCCGUGCCCUGUGUCUUCUGUCUUUCUCCUCCCAGGCCCUUCGUCCGUCUAUCUCUCUCCAUUCAGGCUCUCCGUCCUUCUGUCUUUCUCCAUUCAGGCUCUCCGUCCUUCUGUCUUUCUCCUCCCAGGCCCUGUGUCUUCUGUCUUUCUCCUCCCAGGCCCUGUCUUCUAUCUUUCUCCUCCCAGGCCCUGUGUCUUCUGUCUUUCUCUUCCCAGGCCGUGUCUUCUGUUUUUCUCCUCCCAGGCCCUCCAUCAGUCCAUCUGUCUCUCUCUCUUUCCUUUCAGGCUCUCCGUUUUACUGUCUCUCUCCUCCCCGGUCCUCUGCCCUUAUGUCCCCCACCCCACAGGGUUGUACUCCACCAUGUUGCUGUUACAUUUUAUUACCAUACUCCUUUGUUUAGUUGAUAUUGCCCAGGCUGCUGUUCUACUGUUUGUUAAGGGCAAGUAUAUUACAGGGAUCUCUGCUUUAUGAGUCACUGCAGUGAAAUGGCCCAGAAUUCCUGUGGCACAUGUUAAUAACACAUUGAAAGCGCAGAUACUGGUGUGAGAUUUGCUCCCCAGUGCCAUGAGACUGCCAUAGGGAUGAGUGUGGCACAGCUUGCUGGAAUGUCCCCAGUGAUCCUAUUGCCCUUAGUAGUGCAAUGCAGCCAGUCGCAUGUAUAACCCGUAUCCCUCACACUAAGUGCCUGUAUCAUGAAGGAGUUCCGCCAGGGCAGGCCUUAUUUUCUCUUGGUCUUUUUGUUUUACAAACUUUUUUAUUAUUUGUUUUUAUAUCUAUGAGUUUGGAUACAAACGGUAGAAUUUAUAUUACUGGGCCAUGGUACCGCCCACAUUCGCCUUUUGGUUUAUCUAUUGCACAUAAUAAAUGACUUCUGUUUUAUAUAAAAA